CAGUUCGGCGCCCUGCUGCAGCCCGGCGUCAACAAAUUCUCCCUGCGGAUGUUCGGCAGCCAGAAGGCGGUCGAGCGGGAGCAGGAAAGGGUGAAGUCCGCCGGCUUCUGGAUCAUCCAUCCGUACAGCGACUUCAGGUUCUACUGGGACCUCACAAUGUUGCUCCUCAUGGUUGGAAAUCUGAUCAUCAUCCCAGUAGGCAUCACCUUCUUCAAGGAUGAGAACACAACCCCAUGGAUUGUCUUCAAUGUGGUCUCAGAUACCUUCUUCCUCAUUGACUUGGUCCUCAAUUUUCGCACGGGGAUUGUGGUGGAGGACAACACGGAGAUCAUCCUUGACCCCCAGAGGAUUAAGAUGAAGUAUCUCAAAAGCUGGUUUGUGGUGGAUUUUAUCUCAUCCAUUCCAGUAGACUAUAUUUUCCUGAUUGUGGAGACCCGCAUCGAUUCAGAGGUUUAUAAGACAGCCCGAGCUCUGCGGAUUGUGCGUUUCACCAAAAUCCUCAGCCUCUUGCGGCUCCUGAGACUGUCUAGGCUCAUACGGUAUAUCCAUCAAUGGGAAGAGAUCUUCCACAUGACCUACGACCUGGCCAGUGCUGUGGUACGGAUCGUCAACUUGAUUGGCAUGAUGCUGUUACUAUGCCAUUGGGAUGGUUGUCUCCAGUUCCUGGUGCCCAUGCUCCAAGACUUUCCAGGGGACUGCUGGGUGUCGCUGAAUCGCAUGGUGAAUGACUCCUGGGGGAAGCAGUACUCCUAUGCGCUGUUCAAGGCCAUGAGUCACAUGCUAUGUAUCGGCUACGGACAGCAAGCCCCAGUGGGCAUGUCUGAUGUGUGGCUCACCAUGUUAAGCAUGAUCGUUGGUGCCACGUGCUAUGCCAUGUUCAUCGGCCACGCCACUGCCCUUAUCCAGUCUUUGGAUUCCUCACGGCGACAGUAUCAGGAAAAGUACAAGCAAGUUGAACAAUACAUGUCUUUCCACAAACUUCCAGCUGAGAUGCGCCAGAGAAUCCAUGACUACUAUGAACACCGGUAUCAGGGCAAAAUGUUUGAUGAGGAGAGCAUUCUGGGAGAACUGAGUGAGCCCCUAAAAGAGGAGAUCAUCAAUUUCAACUGCAGGAAACUUGUGGCUUCCAUGCCUCUGUUCGCCAAUGCCGACCCCAAUUUCGUAACAUCCAUGCUGACCAAGCUGCGUUUUGAGGUCUUCCAGCCAGGGGACUACAUCAUCCGAGAGGGCACCAUCGGGAAGAAGAUGUACUUCAUUCAACAUGGGGUUGUUAGUGUGCUCACCAAAGGGAACAAGGAGACCAAGCUGGCAGAUGGCUCCUACUUUGGAGAAAUUUGCCUGCUGACUCGUGGCCGGCGCACAGCAAGCGUGAGAGCUGACACGUACUGCCGUCUCUACUCGCUUUCAGUGGACAACUUCAAUGAAGUGUUAGAGGAAUAUCCCAUGAUGAGAAGGGCAUUUGAAACCGUGGCACUAGAUAGGUUGGACCGCAUUGGUAAGAAGAACUCCAUCCUGCUCCAUAAAGUCCAGCAUGACCUCAACUCGGGUGUCUUCAACUACCAGGAGAAUGAGAUCAUCCAACAAAUUGUGCAGCAUGACCGAGAAAUGGCCCAUUGCGCACACAACGUCCAAGCGGCAACGGCAGCAGCAUCGACUCCCACGCCUGUUAUUUGGACCCCGCUGAUUCAGGCUCCUCUGCAAGCUGCCGCUGCCACCACUUCAGUAGCAAUAGCGCUCACUCACCACCCACGCCUUCCGACAGCCAUUUUUCGCCCUCCGGUCUCCGUUCUGGGUUCUCUGGGGCAGGCACAAAAUCAGACUCCGAGGCGCUUGAGGAGGCUCCAUUCCUUAGUGUCUUCUGCUGGCCCUUCCAUUGUGGGUUCCCCUUCAAGCACCCCAUCCCAGCAGCAUACGCCAGGGGUGGAGACCCUUUCCUCCUCCUCCUUUCAGAUCCAGCAGUUGGCCGGGUUUACCGCUUCGACCAGUUUGGGUCCGUUGCACCGGUCCUUGGCCAGCUCUCCUUCGGCUGGCUCAACGCAGCAGAACUUGGGCAGCCCGACGUCUACGGGACUGGAGCAGCUGUGUGCAGGGCCUUUGGAUUUGCCAGACGGGGCCACCCAGCAGCAGGCUUCAGACACCAGCUUUGGCCCAUUCCAGAAGGCUCCCCCUAGCUCACCACCAGCCACCGCCCUCUCCUCAUUCCCUCAACUGUCUUCAGGUUCCCCCGUUAGUCCUUGCAGCCGCUUGCAACCCACGGGCAGGCCCCACUCCAUGGGGCAGCCGCUGCAGCUCUCAGGAACUGGAGGGACAAACCACUUUCAGUUGCCCCCUUCAUCCAGUUCUCCUUCCUCUGGCUUACGCCAGCUGGCACAGGCCUCAGGAGGUCCCCCUACAGCCUCCUGUCCCCCCCAGCCAAGUGCAUUAGGCCCUUCCACUGAGCCUGCCACUGUGGCUCAGUUGCACCAGGAACGGUCAUCCUUUGCCACCGUAUCUCCCUCAAAGCACCGCGCUGUUGCCCCACCCUUAUACCCCCUACCAUCAGGCCUUAGCCCUCCUACUCAAAGCCUGGCCCCCAGGACUUUCCAGUGCAGCCCAUCAGGGGUACUGGGUUCUCAAGGGUCUUUGCUCCUGCCUCAGACCUCCAGCCCACCUUCCCAGGUUCUCCAACCCAGGAGUCGACCGCUGCUUUUGCCAGGACAAUUAACCCAGGACCUCAAGUUGAUUUCAGCUUCCCAGCCCUCUCUGCCCCACGAAGCAGGUCAGACUUCAAGCCCUCACUCCUCCCGAGAGUCUGUGUCUAGCUUCUCAUCUUUCUCUGGAGGAGGCAACGGCAGCGGCAGCGGGGGAGGCACGAGACCUCUAGGGAAGCCAUAUAGCUCGGGGCCAGGACGGGUCACUCUACCACGCCAGACAUCCUCAGGUUCUCUGCCCCAGCCUCCAGCAUUUGCCAUCUCCCCAUCUCUGCCUGCUGCUGAAGGAAGGAAAGGAUCUUUACAGCUGAUUGGGGAGCAAGAGCCAAUCCGCUCAAAACUGCCUUCCAACUUGUGA